AUGGGGUCUUUACUAUGCCUCGCUCAAUUAAUAUUUCUUUGCCUCCUUUUGUUUUACUCAAACUUCCAAGCUACUUGUUCUUUGUCCAACUCUUCAAAUUUCCCCUCUUCAACAAAUCUGUGCCGUCAUGACCAGAACCUUGCUUUGCUCCGCUUCAAAAAAUCGUUUUCCAUUGAUAGUUCUGCUUCAGAGGAUUGUCAAAAUCCUAAGACAGAAACAUGGAAUGAAGGUACAGAUUGCUGCUCCUGGGAUGGAGUGACGUGUGAGAUGAAGACUGGUCAUGUAAUUGGCCUUAACCUCCGUUGCAGCAUGCUUCAUGGCGUUCUCCAUUCAAAUAGCACCCUUUUCUUCCUUCAUCAUCUUCAAAAGCUUGACCUCUCUGACAAUGAUUUCAAUAGCUCCCAUGUUUCAUCUCAGUUUGGUAAGCUUUUGUAUUUGACACAUCUUAGCCUAAGUUACUCGAAUUUUGCAGGCCAAGUUCCAUCAGAAAUAUCCCAUCUAUCCGGAUUGCUGUCUCUUGAUCUCUCUUAUAACUCUAAGCUGACGCUAGAACCAAGAUCUUUUAACAAGCUUGCUCAAAACCUUACCCAGCUAAGAGAUCUCGAUUUUAGCUGGGUAAACAUGUCAUUGGUGAUACCCAGUUCCGUAAUGAAUCUGUCUUCUUCUUUGUCAUUCCUCAGACUUUCAUAUUGUGGAUUGAAAGGGAAUUUCCCUGGUAGCAUGUUUCACCGAUCAAACCUACAGGAGAUCUCUUUAUGGGCUAAUGGAAACCUCACUGGCUCUUUUUCUUUAUUCAACGGGAGUAGUUCACUCCAGAAAUUGGUACUUUCUUACACGAAAAUCUCAAUAUAUUUAGAAAAUGAGUUUAGCACUAAUCUAAAGUCACUCGAAUUCUUGUCCCUCUGCGGCUGUAAUAUUAUAAGGUCAAAUCUAGCAUUGCUGGGUAAUCUCACACAACUCACUUGGUUGGACCUCUCAGGCAAUCACUUGAGUGGUCAGAUUCCAUCCUCACUUGCUAAUCUCAGUCAGCUCAAAGAUUUGGACCUUUCACAUAAUAACUUUACGGGUCAGAUCCCCUUGUCACUUGCUAAACUCACUGAACUUUCUUCGUUGGACUUGUCAAUGAAUCGGCUGAUAGGCCCAAUUCCUUCUCAGUUUAGCACCCUGUCAAAUCUCAGUAGUCUAGUGUUAUACAGUAACUUACUUGGAGGAGUGAUACCGAGCUUUUUGUUUGCUCUACCUUUUUUAGAUACUUUACUCCUUGAUGAUAACCUAUUAUCUGGCCAUAUACGUACUUUCCAGUACAGUUCAUUGUCCCUUAUUAACCUGAGCCACAACAAUUUGGAUGGCCAAAUUCCCAGUUCAAUCUUCGAACAAGAAAAUUUGUUGGUCCUUAGACUUGCGUCAAACAAUAAACUGACAGGAGAGAUUUCUUCUUCUGUUUGUUCAAUAUCCUGA